AUGGACGAGGGGGUCACGUACGCUGAUCUGCGCUUGCCCCCCACCCCCGCUCCCCAGCAGACGGUGCGGCUGCCCUGGUGCUGGGCUGCCCUCAGCCUGGCUGUCCUCUCCCUGCUGCUCCUGCUGGCACAAAUCAUCCUCAUCAGCUUGAGCUUCCACUAUUUAGCAGAACAGGCGAGCUGCACCCGUGGUGCCUGGAGCAGGGAGGAGAGCCCCAGCUAUGGGAGACAGACGCAGCGAGGGCAAUGCCAGUUCUGCCCAGAUGGCUGGCUCUGGGAUGCAGGGCAGUGCUACUACUUCUCCUUCACCAAGAAGAGCUGGGAGCAGAGCAGAGAGGACUGCUGCUCCAGAGGGGCACAGCUGGUCACCAUCCGAAACAACACCACCCUGGCUUUCCUGAUGCGCACAGCCAACACGGACGUCUUCCACGUGGGGCUGAAGCGGGAUGGCUCCAGGUCUGACUGGAAGUGGCUGGAUGGCACUGCACUGAAGGGGCUCUUCCCAAUCCAUCGCUCCACCAGCUCCUUCCUGGCCUGUGGCAGGGUGUCAGGGCUGGGGCUGUCGGGUGGUCUGUGCAGGGAAGCCCUGGGCUGGGUCUGUGAGCAGCGCGCAUCCACCCUGCAGUGGGUCCGGUCCUCGCCACCCGCCCUCCUCUGGGGAAACACCACCUACACCUGCAUUGAGCCCUGA